GAUUAUAAAACUCUUUUAUCUCAUUUCACUAUCAAAUCUACUUUGCUCUCACGGGCCCAAACGAAUCUCUAUCAUUUCUAUGCUUUGUCUCUUAACUUUCCCUCCACCAUAUAAAAUACCCUCCAAAAAUAUGAUAAUCAAGUGGCCAUUUUCCUUUUGUUAUCUUCUAAAUGUUGCUUCCUCUUUACAUUCACUCAUUCUACUGUUCCUUUUAUUCUCUUCCUAAAAGGCUAAAAGGCUAAGAAUACCCUGUUUAUCUCUUUAUCAGCUGCAUAAUAAUAGCUUCAUCUGGGCAUAUAAAUAAUGACUCUUCUCCUUGCAGUCCUCCAAUCCCCAUUUCUUAGCAUCAAAUCUGUUGUUGUUGUUAUUUUGCUUGAUGGUAUAAUUUGAAAGCUUUGUGCUUGACUGAGUUCUUGUAAAAGUUGGUGUUUUUAGUCAAUUUCAGGGUUACAAUGCCGCCCUCAUACUUCCCUCUUAGGUGGGAGAGCACUGGAGACCAAUGGUGGUAUGCAUCACCUAUUGAUUGGGCAGCAGCCAAUGGCCUAUAUGAUUUAGUCAGUGAGCUUCUUCACCUUGACACCAACCUCCUCAUCAAGCUGACCUCUCUUCGCCGAAUUCGGCGCCUUGAAACUGUCUGGGAUGACGAGGCUCAAUUUGAUGAUGUUGCGAAAUGCCGCUCUCAAGUUGCCAAGAGACUCCUCCAUGAGUGCCAAGCACAGAGGGGUCACAACUCUCUGAUCAGGGCUGGCUAUGGUGGCUGGCUUCUGUACACUGCUGCCUCAGCUGGGGAUUUGGGUUUUGUCAAAGAGUUGCUAGAAAGAGAUCCUCUUCUUGUUUUUGGUGAAGGAGAGUACGGUGUCACUGACAUCUUUUAUGCUGCAGCCAGGAGCAAGAACUCUGAGGUUUUUAGGCUGCUGUUUGAUUUCUCAGUCUCCCCAAGGUUUAGUCUUAGCAAUGGAGAAGUGGAAGAGCGGUUGGGUGAUAUUACUUCAAAUUUCAAGUGGGAAAUGAUGAACCGUGCGGUUCAUGCUGCUGCUAGAGGAGGGAAUUUGGAGAUAUUGAGGGAUCUCCUUGGGGAUUGUGAAGAUGUUUUUGCUUACAGGGAUGCUCAGGGAUCUACUAUUUUGCAUACAGCCUCUGGCAGAGGGCAGGUUGAGGUGGUUGAGUAUCUAAUAGCAUUCUUUGAUAUCAUCACCAUUGUAGAUAAUCAAGGGAACACAGCUUUACAUGUGGCCGCUUAUAGGGGUCACUUAGCUGUGGUGGAGGUCCUAAUUCGUGCAUCUCCCUUGUUAACUUCUUUAUCAAACAACUAUGGUGAUACCUUUCUACAUUUGGCAGUUGCUGGUUUCCGAAGCCCUGGUUUCCGGAGACUGGACAAACAGAUCGAGCUCACUAAGCAAUUAGUAUGUGGUAAUAUUGUGAACACGCAGGACAUUAUUAAUGUUAGAAACAAUGAUGGACGAACCGCUCUUCACAUGGCUGUAAUUGAGAACGUUCAAUGUAAUUUGGUGGAACUCCUCAUGACUGUUCCAUCAAUUCAUUUGAAUAUCCGCGAUUCCGAUGGCAUGACCCCACUAGAUAUUCUCAAGCAAAGGCCAAAGUCAGCAUCUUCUGAACUUCUGAUCAAGCAAUUGAUUUCAGCCGGAGGGAUCUCCAAGUGUCAAGAUCAUAAAGCCAGGAGUGCCCUUGUUUCCCAUUUGAAAAUGCAGGGUAUUGGGAACAGUCCUGGGACCUCCUUCAGAAUUCCUGAUGCAGAGAUAUUCUUAUACGCAGGCAUUGACAAUGCUUCUGAUGCCAGUUGCGAACAGUCAAGUGUGCAAUUCUCAGGCGAGCUAAAUCAGUUUGGCUCAGUCAACUCAGUAAACAAUAAGAAGUCAGGAUCUGUAAAUUAUGCGGCAAGGCGCCUUAAGUUUCUCCUUCAAUGGCCUAGGAGGAAAGAAAAAAAGGAAUCUAGCAGAGACUUAGGAGAUGGUGAUUCUUUGGAGUCAUUUAGUUCAUGUAUAGAUUUGGACGACAAUCCAAUCCCACUUCGGCAGAUGUAUUCGAAAUCUUCCUCUCUUCCAAACAACAAAAGGACGCUUUCUGCCAGGAGUUUUCUUCCAAGCCCAUACACUAAGAUGAAAUUUACUGCUGGUCUAACACAUGGUGUAAUUCAGGCAAAGCCUCAUUUAGCUUUUCCAGCUCAUUCAUUUUCAAGUCCUCUGUCAAGGUCAUCUAUGUCUUCACCUACUUUCAUUGCCAAAGAGAAGAGUGUUGACAUUCUAGGACCCUCUUGCUCAAAUGGGAAAGCACAACAAGUGAACUUCAAACAGAGUGAGUUCAACAAGAAGAUAAUAAACCAAUAUUUGUGUGUUGGCGCGCAAGGCCUGGACACGGAAGAAUCAAUUAGCUGCGCAUGGCCAAAUCAGAGUUACAAACAUUCCACUUCUCUAGUUGCUUGAUCAGACUGUACAAACGAGUUGGUGUUUUUCGUUAGACCUAUAGAUAUAAUAGAAUUAUGGUGAGUUCUCAAAAAGUUCUUUUCUUUAUAGAUAUGGUUUCUUUCUUUCUUUCUUUAUCCUUUUCUCCCCUCUUUAGAUCACAUGUUUUAUAAUAUCUGUGGAGUAUAUGCAUAGUUGCAUACAAGGUGUAAAAGCCGUCUGAAUAAUGUUAAAAAAAAUGUUAUGAAA